AUGCAAGCGUUGUACCCACAGAAGCAGGCAGCCACAAAGAAGACCUUCCUGCUGGAUGAGAUCAGUGAAAUCCUGAGUCGUCAGCUUGAUCAGCCGACAAAUACUGUCGAUAUUUCGUCUGUUAGCAUCAGUAGCGGUAGCAGCCGCACGCUCCAUGACGCUACUCAGGGUGAAGAAUGUGUGCCACAGAUAAAAAGCGCCAAACUGCGCGGUUCAGGGCACUCUAUAUCCUCCCCCAGCGAACAACCUAUAUCAAUAUCAACUUCGCAAAGCGCAGGUCACGCAUCUGCGGCUAUUCUCACGCUUGACGAUCUCGCCGCUGUUGAUGCCAUCAAGGAAUUAGUGACAAGGUACGGGCGGGUCUCCCAUAUGAGUGUUCUCGACCCUAGGUACAAAUUCUUCAUAAAUAGAGCGCGCACUGCUGCUCUGUCGUUCAAAGUGCAUAACAGAGUUGCUCUGGUCAUGGGCGAUCCGAUGUGCGAGAAGCACUGGUUCGCCGAUGUCCUCGCAGAAUUCAACGAGUACCGGAAGAGAUACGGAUGGAGUAUCGCUUUCAUCGGUGCCAGCGAAGUGUUUACCGAAUACGCUAAGGGACAUGGAUGGACGACCAUGCAAUUCGGCACCGAGCGUCUGCUCAAUCCCAUGACCAAUGAUGUAUUGAACGAGAGAGCGGGGAAACGGAUCAUCGUACAAAGCAAGCAACUGCUCAGUCCGAGCAAAGGCAACGUCGCUUUGGGUUUAUACGUACCGGCGCAGGGUGAGGACCUGGACGUGCAGAGAGAACUGGUCAGGGUUUAUGACUCCUGGCGCGAGAAGCGAAAUCGUGUUGCCGGCGCAAAGGCUUUCAUCACGGUGUAUGAUCCCUUUUCGAUGCUGGGCAUGAUGAUGUACAUCUACACCAGGGGUCCAGAUGGUGUAGCCAACGGCUUCGUGGCCAUGCGACAUCUUGCUCCCGGAGCGCCCAGAGGGAUCACUGAUCUAUUAAUCGUUGCUGCCAUGGCGCUCUUGCACUCAAUGAGAAAGAUCACCAGAGCGAUAUACAAGCGUACAUUCAAACAAAUGCUUUUCCAGGGAAAACAGAUGUUUCACGAAAAGUUCAAGCCGGAUGGUUCGCAGGGAUCUCCGCUUUUCAUUCUUUUUCCCGCUGGUGCUCCCAGUCCCCGACAGUUGGUCGCGCUUUCCCGAAUGUCGAAUAUCAGCAUUCGAUAGCUUGUUUUCGCAAGGUCGGGAAAGCACUCGAAGACGCUUAUGCCUAUCAAGCAAAAGAUCGAAGAACAAUGACUUGGGACGGAUCGUCCAAAGUGAGAUGAGAUGCCAGUGGCGUUCGAUAACCAACGAACAAGGUUGCUGACGGUUUCGCUGAAGUCUCCAGGCGGUUUAUCGCUGUGUUUCGCAUUCAUCCCAUCUGCGAGCAUCAACAAGCAUUGCUUCACAGCGACCCUCGUGUGGAUCAAGAAUAAUGAGCCGUGCUGUCCGGACUGCCCGGCAUCCCAGUCCAUACACAGACUUCCCUUGAAGGAUCUAGAACACGCAGUAGGAAGACGACGAUCAUGCUGAAACCUCAGGUGGUUUGCUCCACCAUGAUGAUAUUAUUUAAUGUCAAAGGCAAAUUUCCUGGAAAUUAAUAUGGAUCUAGCGAAGAUUGAUUCAAUUCGCAAUACGCAUG